AUGGUUACAGUCGUGAAAGCACUGAUCACCAAGCUUCCCAAGCUCCCACCAUCCUCGGUGCCAACAGCUUCCCCCGGAUUUCCCCACAAACACCCGCGUCCAACCGCCUUCAACGCCACCAUCGAACAACCGAACGACAUAUCGUGUACAUUACCCCUCCACAACUACAUUACUGUUUGUUCUUUCCCAAUGAUUUCGAAAUUUACUUGUCUGCGCACCUUGCGCCUAGCUGCGCGCCACCCGUGCCGUUCAAGAAGCCUUGCCACGGCAGCCUCGAACCGUGCCGCGGAUUUCAUCCGCAUUGUCGAAGUAGGGCCAAGAGACGGUCUGCAGAACGAGAAGAAGAGCAUUCCCGUUGAAACAAAAAUAGAGCUGGUAGAGCGGCUGGCGCAGACAGGCCUUCAAACCAUUGAGGCAGGUUCAUUCGUGUCGCCGAAAUGGGUUCCUCAAAUGGCGAACUCAUCCGAGAUCCUCCAACACAUCCUCUCGUCCCCACCAAAAUCCGAGACACCCAUCACGUACCAAUGGCUCCUCCCCAACGUCCGCGGCCUAGACAACUUCCUCUCAGUCUGGCAGGCACAAUCAUCAAGCCAAAACGCGUACCCAACACCCCCGUCGUCACCCUCUGAAAACGCUGCAGACCUGGAUUCCACUCUCCCUAAAACGGAGCUUUCCAUCUUCACAGCCGCAACAGAAUCCUUCACCCAGAAGAACACAAAUUGCUCCAUCGCUGAAUCCCUCACUCGCUUCGAACCCAUAAUGUCGCGCGCAAAAGACCUCAACCUCCCCGUCCGCGCGUACAUCUCAGUAGCCCUAGGAUGUCCCUACGAAGGUCCAAACGUUGACCCGCACAAAGUCGCCGAGCUAGCCAUCUCGCUGCUCGAAAUGGGUGCCGACGAGAUCUCGGUAGCAGACACCACAGGCAUGGGCACGGCACCCAAAACCGCAGAGCUCCUGAAGACGCUGAGUGCCGCAGGCGUCGAGAAAAACGACCUCGCGCUGCACUUCCAUGACACGUAUGGCAUGGCUCUUGUGAAUUCCGUGGUAGCGCUUGAACAUGGCGUUCGCACUUUUGAUGCCGCGGUUGCGGGGCUCGGCGGGUGUCCGUUUAGUCCUGGGGCUACGGGGAAUGUGGCGACGGAGGAUUUGGUGCAUUUGGUGCAUAGUUUGGGUGCGAAGACGGGCGUGGACAUUGAGAGGUUGGCUGAGGUUGGGGAGUGGAUUUCGGGGGAGAUUGGUAGGCCGAAUGAGAGUCGUGCCGGGAAGGCUACGCUUGCGCAGUUGAGGAAGAGGUAG